AUGUCCAUCUUUGAACUCCAAAGUCUUAGAAGUCUAGGACUUCAAAACAACCAAUUUUCUGGUCUACUCAAUGAAUUGCCGAACGUUUCUUCUUGUCUAUUGGAAACUCUUGAUUUGAGCUACAACCACUUGGAAGGGCCAAUACCCAUGUCUCUCUUUGAGAUCCAAAGUCUUAGGAGUCUCUCACUCUCUUGGAACAACUUUAGUGGCUCCUUGCAGCUUAAUGUGAUUAUGACUAUGAGAAAUCUUUCAGUUCUCGAUCUAUCCCACAACAGCUUAGAUUUGACUUCUAGCAAAUUGAAAAUAUAUCCUCACUCCUUGAUAAAUCAAUCCACAUUAUCAAGUAUAGACCUUUCAAACAACAAGAUUCACGGAGAGAUACCCAAUUGGAUCUGGAAACUUCCUUAUCUUGAUUCAUUGAAUCUUUCUUAUAACUAUCUAGAAACUCUAGACUUUCCUUUACUCAACAUGUCUUCUUUGAGCUCUCUAGACCUUCAUUCCAACCAGCUCCAAGGGCAACUCUCAGUUUUCCCAAAACAUGCUCAAUACUUGGAUUUCUCAGGGAAUAACAUCAACUCUAUCAUACCAAAUAAUAUUGGCAACUUCCUUACUUACACUUAUUUCUUCUCUCUUUCAAAUAAUAAGUUUAAUGGGAGUAUUCCUAAAUCAAUAUGCAACGCUACAAGUCUUAUUGUCCUAGAUUUGUCUGAUAAUUUCUUGAGUGGCACAAUUCCUCAAUGCUUAUUUAAGAUGAGUGGGGAGCCCCAGAGUCUUAUUUCAAGUCUGCUUCAAAUAAUGGCUCCAUUGAUGUGGAAUCAACGUUUAGGGGUGUUGAAUCUAUGCAAAAAUAACCUCAUCGGCACAAUUCCUAAUGUAUUUCCAAGCAAUUGUGACUUACAAACUUUAAAUCUCAACGGAAACCAGCUAGAAGGAAAGCUGCCAAAAUCUCUGGCCCAAUGCACACAUUUGAAAGUUUUAGACCUUGGGAACAACCACAUUGAAGAUGCCUUUCCAUGUUACUUGAAGAACAUAUCUGCAUUGCACGUCCUUAUUCUGCGAUCAAACAAAUUUUACGGGCCCGUUGUUUGUCGAGGGCUUAAUGCCUCUUGGCCGAUGCUUCAAAUUGUAAACAUAGCUACAAACAAUUUCACUGGUAAGCUUCCAAUGAAAUACCUUUCUGAUUGGAAGGCAAUUACAGAUGAAAAAAAUGAGGCGGAAUCUCAGUUCAUUCAAUUACAAUUGAGUUAUGGUUCAAUUGAUUUAGAGCGUAUGAGAGUUAGGCCAGACAUUUAUUAUCAAGAUGUGAUAACUGUUACGAUGAAAGGCCAAGAGGCAAAGAUAGUAAAGAUCCUAAAUAUCUUCACCUCCCUCGACUUCUCACGCAACAAUUUUGAUGGGUCUAUACCUGGAGAAAUAGGAGAACUCAAAUUGCUACAUAUCCUCAACUUGUCUUAUAAUGCUUUCACAGGCCAAAUUCCACAAUCUUUAGGUAAAUUGACUUAUCUUGAGUCGCUAGACUUGUCAAGCAACAAGCUUACUGGUGUGAUUCCUAUCCAACUUGCAAAUGGUCUUAUUUUCCUAUCAGUCAUUAACCUUUCGUUCAAUCAAUUAGUGGGUCAGAUUCCACGAAUCAAGCAAUUUGCUGCAUUCUCGGAAACUUCCUACAAAAGGGAACAUAAGAUUAUAUGGCAUUCCUUUGAAACAUUGCGCACAUGA